AUGGCGUCGGGACGCGAUGUGCGCGACAUGCUGGGGCUGCCGGCGGGCGGUGAUGCGCCCAAGGCAGCCUCUGGUGCUUCAGCGAUGGCCGCCGCUCCGGCCGCGCUGAAGCGACCUGGUGGCAAGCCUGCUGGGGGAGGAGGCAGCAGGAAAAUCCGUACGUUUGGCAACUCUUACGUCUAUCCCUGGGAAAUGGUCAAACGGGCGAGACUGACUCUGAUUCGACCAGAGGGCGUUGCGCGCGAAGUUGCUGCGCUGUAUGGCGAACGGCCGCCUCCGGUGGCCGUCUACGAGGAGAAGAAGGCGUAUCGGGCGAAGAGGCAGAGUACGGGGCCGGCGAAGAAAUGGAUCCAACAACCCUUUACCAACCCAGCCCGCCACGAUGGCCUUGUCCUCAAGCACUGGCGGCGCAAACCGACCACUGCACCGCCCGUCCAGGAGAGCGAAGACGCGCCCAUGCAAGACCCAGAGACAUCAGAUGGUUACGUCGAAUCGUGUACAGAAUACGUCAAGUACGACAUCAAGGUGGACAUGCCCACCUUUACAGACGAGGAAUACGAUGCGCAUCUACGGAGCGACGACUGGAGUCGCGAAGAGACCGACUACCUGUUCGAAGUCGUGCAAGACUACUCCUAUCGAUGGGCUGUCAUAUGGGAUCGUUACGAGUACGAGCCAUCAAGAAAUCGCGUGGCAUUCGACAGCUCCAACUCGGAAGAAGCCCAAGCGCUGGCCACAAUGCCAUUUCCGCCUUCGAAGAAGCGGUCGGUAGAAGACCUCAAGGCCCGGUUUUACGAAAUCUCCGCAAAGCUCAUGAAACUACGCAUCCCCGAAGUCAGCAUGGACGCCGACCAAUACAGCACCUACGAAAUGCUGACCAAAUUCGAUCCCGUCAUGGAACGGAACCGAAAAAUGCUUGCGACUGCGCUGAUCAAUCGCACCAUGGACGAAGUCAAGGAAGAAGAAUUCCUCCUCACAGAACUCCAACGCAUCAACAUGGCCGCCAACCGCCUCGACGCAGAGCGCGAAGAGCUGCGCGCCCGUCUUGAAGCACCCACACCCAAUCCAUCAGUCUCCGCAGGCCUGCAAUCCUUUACCUCAUCUCAAGCCUUGCAAGCACUCUUCCAACAACUCUUCCAGCAGGAUCGCAGCAAGAAACGCGCGUCCGGUGCCACCGGUACAGGACCCGGUCGUCUCAGUCUCAGUGCAAACGACAUGGUACACACGCCCGGCUCCGCACAACAGCAACUCAGUGCGGCCAACCGAAGGACCAGCAUGGCACAACACACACACACGGCCUCUACUGCCCAAACUCCGGUCAAGCAUCUCUCACCACACCAAGAACAUCGGUUCAACGUCUCUACCCACGAACGUCUCACCUCUGGCGUCACCUUUGGUUCGGACAAGCUGCUCAAAAUGCGUCAAGCAAAGUCGAAUGUGCAAACCCAGAAAAUCGCCGCUAUGCUGGCUACCCUUGGUGUCAGCGAGGUCAUCAGUAUACCCACGAGCAGAGUGGCCGACGUGUUUGAAGGUCUAGUCAGCAAAGUCAGCAAGUUACUCGAUGUACGCAAAGUCCGCGAAAAGGAAGAAGGCGAAUGUAGAGUCCUCUUGGCCAUGAAGGAACGUCGUGCUGCCAGUGGCCAUGGUAACGGUGGCAACGGUGGCAGUGGCAGUGGUGGCGGAGGUGGCAGCAGCAGCGACAACAGCACAAAAACAAAGCAAGAAGUCGGCUCCACACCUGGCGCCGACGCCGACGCCGACGGCGAAGCCGAAGACGACGAAGACGACGUGAACAAAGACUACGAGGACGCGGAUGCGAAAUCGGAAAACGACGAGGACGGAGACGCAGAGGCCGAUGACGAUGAUGAAGAAGAAGAAGAAGAUGGCGGGGGCUUCAACGGCCAAAAUGAAGACGAGGAUGACGAGGAUGACGAGGGUGAUGGCGAUGGCGAUGUUGAUGCCGAGGGCGAGGAUGAGAGUAGUAAACAGCAAUCUAGGGCGACUAGUCAGGGGGCUAGUACUACGAUGGCGGCGGCGGCGGCGGUAGGACAUAAGAGGAGUGCGAGUGUGUUUAGUGCGGGGAGUGGGGAGGAUGUGGUGGGUAAGAAGGCGAGGAAGUAG